AUGAGUUUUAGCAAGACACGAAAAGUUAGUGGUAUUCCAGUACUGUUUAUUCCUGGAAAUGCCGGUAGUUCACGUCAAGUGCGUUCAAUUGGUUCACUUCUUCUCAAUAAAACCGAAUCACGGAGGACGCCAUUUAGGUUCGACGUUUUCGCUGUGGAUUUCAAUGAGGAACUGACUGGUGUUGCUGGUAUGUAUUUGGAACGGCAAAUACGUUACGUUGGAAUAGUCAUCGACCACAUAUGGAACCUUUAUGAAAAACCACCUGAGGGUAUUGUUGUAGUAGCGCAUUCAAUGGGUGGUAUUGUGAUACCUGGUCCACUGGACGAUUAUUUGGUGAAUGCGUAUGAAAAAAUGAAACGCUCAUGGCUAGAGCGUGAGCGAGAAUUACGAAAUUUACAAGUGAUCUCAAUAUCGGGAGGUCUUAAAGAUGUGAUGGUACCAGAAUAUUUAACAAGAAAUGUGAAUGGUGAUGGUAAAUUUAUUAAACAUUUUAUAACGGCUGGUAUUGACGGUGUUGAAUUGGAUACGGACCAUUUAUGUAUUGUUUGGUGUAAUCAGCUUGUCAGACUCAUAUCGCGUUUACUUUUCACUUAUGCGAAAUCACCAACAGAAUUUUUCGUGAAUUCCAAUCGAAUAAUUUCUCGACUAUUUGCAUCAUCAUUUAAUGGUAGUGGUCAGUUAUCAGUGACAGCAAAUAUUAGUCGUAAUGGUGUUCAUAAUGGGAGAAAUGUGAAGGAGAGUAAUGGUAGUACUCAUACGAAUAAUAAUAAUGAUGGUAAUAACGAUGUCAUUGUUGAUAUUUCACAUCGAAACGUUAUAAUGCGAAAUUCAGCUGCAAAACCAAAAAAUUAUUCAUUAUCAAUUCGUCGCGGUGAUUGGUUAUACAUAAGUUUAACAAAAAGAAUUAUGUCCUCUGCAAACAGAUCAUCAGAAUUAUUAUCAUACGUGCAAAUCAAUCAAAGACCAUUCGAAAGAUUGCACGAAUUUGCUAAGCGUUUAUAUUGUCUUGUGCCAGUGAACACUGUUCAUCAGACACGAAUAUCGAUCUUAUUACAACCUCAGCAAGCAUUUCGUAUUGUAACACUACAAGAAAAUGAUCUUGUAAAGGGACCAGUUAUAUUGGACUGGACGACACGUUUGUGGGCAAUUUUGAUGCUAUCAUCAGCAACACUUUGGGAAGCGCAGCUCAGUGGUUCAGAUUUUCCGGCAGUGAUUUUGCCGGUAAAAUUUGACGGUGUUAUCAUUGCAGUUGAUGUUAGAUUGGAGGAGAUAUCAUGCGAAAAUAAGCCGAAAGGUGUGUCAAGGAUGGAAUUUCUAAGAAACGAUAUCAUUUCUCGAACAAGGACAGAACUGAAUAGGCGCGUAAGUGAACAAGAAGAAAAAUUGAUUGAGGACGAUCUUCGUCGUCAGCAACAUCGUGUGAUUGGCUUUUCGGAAGGGAGUGAUGUACACCACACAACUAUUCGUCAUUAUCAGAAAGCCGUUGUGCUAUUUAUUCUCGACACGAAUUGCAGAUAUCGUGCAAACAUGCGAAUGAAUUUAGCAUAUACAUUACAAUUGAUUCUUCGUAAGAAAAUUUUUAUGGGUGCCUAUCAUGCUGUUGCGUAUGUGCUGUGCUCAAUGCUGAUCAUAUCAGCUGUUUAUAAGAACGUUAUACCACGCAAAUGGUAUUCAAGUGAAUGGAAAAAAUUCGUAUUGCAUGCCAUCGUCUACAUAAGUUUUGUUCUAGCGAGCAAAAUGAAUGAUCAUUUAUGCGCAGCGCUUUGCGCACUAGUGAUCUAUGUGUUCGUUUUCAUACUUGAAAGAUUGGCUUGGUUUACGAUAAAAUUGACGAUAUUGCUGAUGGGUUGUGCAGAUAAGUGGCUACUUAUAAGUCGAGUAGUAUUGUUACGUUUGAAAUUAAUUGAUAUUGUUUUAUUGUGGUUGAUAUUAUUUGUAAUCGAAAAAUCGAAUGGUUUCAUUAUGCUGACAAUACUGAUGCUAGUUAAUAUAUGGCAAAUUGUACAGCUGCAGCAGGGACAGUAUGAGCGUCUGCCGGAAAUACCUCCAAAUUUCAAUUUUCUGUCAACGACGCGGUCUUUCGUUGAGCAGCAAAACUGCCAUCAGCAGCAGCAUCAGGCACAUGAAGAGAAGAAGCAGCAGCAGAAUAUUGAGACAACAGAAAGCGUAAUGACUUGCAAUGCAGAUGAAGGUGUUCAACUUAAAGAAAAAAGCAACAACAACAGCAAAAUUGACAAUAAAAAUAGCACCAGUAACAGGACGAUCAACAACGACGAAACUUCAUCAUCAGUAUCAUUAUCGCCGACGCCAUCUGAGACAGAUGUUCGCAGAAGUCAUUUGAUAAACAAACUAACUGAACUACUGGUUGUGUUACACUUUCAAAUGUUACUUUCAUUCACACCAUUUGCUGUUUGUUCCAUGUGGAAUCUUUCGAAAUACGGCGUUGAAUCGUUAUCGGUUUAUGAGGAUCCAGCACGUCGUAGCGCCUACUUACUAUGCGCAAUGAUUCUCUUCAAUUCGUUAUUCGUCGGUAGUCACAGCAACUGGCGUAUUUUUGAUUCUUAUUUUUGUUCUACUUCUUCGCUGAAAGUAUUCGUCACAUCACUGAUAUUCGUAAUUCCAAUUGUGGUACUUGGUAUAUUGGCAAAUGCUAAUGAAACAGCAACACUUUCGUAUUUGGGAAUGAUUUUGGCAACUACCGUGGGGAUUAUGAGGACUUCACGUUACCUACCGCUCACAUCUGAAUGCCCUCAGGAACGAUGGGUGGUUACCAUUUCUGAAAUGCGUGGUAAGAAUAAGAAACAACAAAUUUGUCACAAAGUGGUACCGAAAACCUACCUGCAAGAACGUCAUUCACCGAAAAUCAGCACAUCCAGAUUGACGACGGAUAUGUCGUCAAAAAGAGAAGCACUGAGCCUAGCGGAGACAGUCGCUCAGCAUAGUGGCUACGAUGGUUUGAAAUUUGAAAUCAAGUAUCAAGAUGUGCCAAAAUGA